UCACCUCAGUGUCCAUAAGCACCGGUGGAAACCAGGCGACAGAGGGUGACUCCUUUACAAUGACUUGCAAUAUUGUCGGUGAUCCUAGCUCCAUUCACUGGUGGAAGAACCACACGUUAGUGCGUCUAGACAACAGAACACACGUCUCUUUCGACAACAGAACAUUGGCCUUCAACCCUGUACAGCAUUCAGACUAUGGAGCAUAUCAGUGUAUGGCCAGAAAUAGUGUGAGCAACAGAACUAGCACCCGCUACACACUCCUAGUGAAUUAUGGACCCAAGCAACCUGUGAUAGCUGGUGCACCCAUUGCCGAAACAGAACAAAGAGUGACAUUCAACUGCUCUGCCUCCUCUCAGCCUCCCAGCCAGUUCAGCUGGUUCUUCAAUGGCUCCCAGGUGGUGACUGGCUCAGUGUAUGAGACUGGCCGACUGACCUUAGCCAGUCAUGGGGAGUACACCUGUAUGGCCUUCAACAACGUCACUGGCAGAAACAGCACUGUCUCCAAGAUGCUCACCAUCAUUGAGGCUAUAAAAUCAGUGAUGGUGAAACGAAACAAAUUACCAAUAGCAUCUGACAACCUAACCCUGACCUGUGACGUCACCGGGCACUAUGACACCAUCUACUGGAUGAAGGACAACCUGUCUCUGGUCCUGAACAACACCUUGAACUCUGACAUCACCAUCUCUAACAACUCUCUGCACUUCAGUCCAGUCAAGGUGUCUAACGAUGGAAACUAUCAGUGCGUCGCCACCAACCUCUUUGGUCCAAACACCAGCCCUAAAUACCAGCUACUGGUGAACUAUGGCCCUCUGAGUGUGAACAUCUCUGGCCCAGGAUUAGUGGUGAUUGGCUCAGUAAUUACUGCCAAUCUGAAGUGCUCAGCCGACUCCCGGCCGACCAGUGAGUACUGGUGGAAAUACAUCAACCAAUCAUUGCCGGUGACUGGUUAUUUGAUGGCUGUAGGUGUCUCCUUGAAAAAUGCAAGGAUAUACACCUGUGUGGCCAAGAACCGUCUAACUAACAUCUCAAUGUCCAAGACCAUUAGUCUGGAUGUUACUGGUAAGUGGGUAGGUUGUAAUAGUAAGACCUAUGUGGUAUAUAAUGAGUAAUAAAUGUCACAAUAUUGUUUUUAUUAUGUAGAAUUUAAUUUGGUUCUAGUUUGCGUACGUGUUUGUGCAAGGAUCAUUUUCAUGCAUCCGGGAAAUGCAAUACAGACAUUUUCUGAACUGGGGGAUACAGACAGGAAUCAAGAAGAUGUAUACACUGUAUAUUUAUUUUUAACAUCCUCACUCACUCAUUCUCCUUCCUUUUCUCCCAUUCUUUGUACCCCUCCUCACACAUUCUCUUUGUCCCCCUCCUCUCCCAUUCUCUUUGUCCUCCUCUUCUCCCAUUCUUUGUACCCCUCCUCUCACAUUCUCUUUGUCCCCCUCCUCUCCCAUUCUCUUUGUCCCCCUCCUCUCCCAUUCUCUUUGUCCUCCUCUUCUCCCAUUCUUUGUACCCCUCCUCUCACAUUCUCUUUGUCCCCCACCUCUCCCA